CGCCCCCAGGUGACAUCAUGCCGCUGCCCGUGGCGCUGCAGUCCCGGCUGGCCAAGCGCGGGCUACUCAAGCACGUGGAGGCCGCCCCCCAGGAGGAGGUCAUCGCCGAGGACUACGACGAGGCCCACGUGGACUACGAGGCCUCGCGGCUGGAGGGGCUGCCGCCCCCCUGGUACAAGGUGCUGGACCCCACCUGCGGGCUGCCCUAUUACUGGAACGCGGAGAGCGACCUGGUGUCCUGGCUGCCGCCGAGCGACCCCGGCGCCGUCGUCACCCGCGCGGCCAAGCGCCGGCAGCCGGGGGCACGUGUUGCACAGUCGGGGGCGGGGCUGGUCCCUCGGGGGCGGGGCACGGCGGCUGGGGGGCGUGUCCCGCGCUGACCACGCCCCCCCCCCCGCAGGGGCACGUGGUCGACGGGGCUGCCCAAGCGCAACGAGGCCAAGACGGGGGCGGACACGACGGCGGCCGGGCCCCUGUUCCAGCAGCGGCCGUACCCGAGCCCGGGCGCCGUGCUGCGCGCCAACGCCGAGGCCAAGGGGGCCCAGAGCCGCCCAAAGUGACCCCGGAACGCGGGAAAUUGCCCCAAAAUACCCCAAUAAAGCUUUCGGGAGACAAAACUGUG